CGCGAAUGUUUGAUGGAAUGGACUGGUUUCUCUGUGUAUGUCUGGUGAGUCUGUCUGCACUGCAAAUCUUGCUUUCGCAUUGCUGGUUGACACAUCAAACACAUCAAACGUGUCGCACAUUCCCCACAGUAGCCACACGCUCGAUGGCUGUCUCUCUCUGUGUGGCCUGCCGCGUCGAGGCCGGCGUCGAAUCGAUGACGGGUCCCCCGACACGUAAGGCCACACACAGAUGGCUGGCUGUCGAGUAGCUCACACACACAUGCAAGAGACCCGUUGUAGACACUCACACAUCCAUCCAUUUAUCCAUCCAUCGUGCCUGCCACCUAUCGCAGCGUAAAACGCACUCGCUCGCUGAUGAAGCUGCCCGGAGCGCACAGCUAAGUGCACAGUACAAAAGCAUCGAUCGUACACCUACCUACACCAACAGGGAGGGACUCUUGAACAAAUACAUACAUACCCGCAUACGCACCAAGGCUGUCCAUCUAUCGGUGAGGUCAGUCAUCCGAUGAUGCCGCCUCCCUCGUAUUUCUUGGCGUUCUUGGCGUUGUUGCUCCAGUCGUACUUGGUGUACCUCACCCUGUACCCUCCGGUGGCCAGCAGCCCCUCGACGGCGGCCUUCUUGUCCCCCCUGCACCAGUCCGCCGCCUUGGUCAGCACCUCCUUGGUGUUCGCACCAAAGUCAGCCGCAUACCUGACAAACGACACACGACAGACAGAAACAUAACAAAAGGACUGAAGUGAGUGGAGGGACACACUGAUGGGCAGGUGUGUGGAAGGUAUGUGGCUCACGGGCGUACCAGUCGAAUAUUUUGGAGAGGAAGAUGGUUUUGGCGGCCCUGUCGACGCUGACGUUCUCGUCCAUCUCGCAGAAGGCCUGGGCCGCGAUACGCAACUCCUCCUGACACACCACAGACACAUUCACACACGCCCCCAUCCAAACACGUCAUUCGCCUGAUGUGGUGCCUGCGGCGUGUGAGUGCGCCUUUGCUCACAUCGAUGGCCUCAGCAGUGAAGUUCUUGACUGGCGGGCAAGACUUUGCACCGCAGUUGAGAGCAAAAUGGAUCCGACAAUCCACCUGACACAAACCAACACACUCACUUGUGCGAUUCCUGUUUGGUCAGGGAGGGGCCGUACCUCUGGUAGCGCCCAGUUUCCCCUCGGGUCGUUGGGCUUGAAGUGUUUGUUCAGGUGGGAGGGCGCCUUCCUGUUUGCGCGAAGGAUGCCGUUCUCGAGCUCGCUCAUGGUGAACCGAUGACCGCCGAUCUCAUACGCCGGGUUGUCGAAAAACGACAUCCGCGCAAAACCGCUCAUCGGCACACCCACCUGUACACACACACACACAGGUCGAGAAUGCCCUCUGUCUGUCUGUCUGUCUGUGUGUGUGUAUGUAUGUCUUCUUUACCUGUGCGAACGCGUGAAUGACCAUCAUGUUGUAGAGGUUGAUGCCGAAGGCGAGUUUCUCGUCGCGGCUGAGCUUCCCGAAGGGCACCUUCUGAAUCUCACACGUCAGGUUCUGGAAUUCGCGAAAGGCCGGGUCGGAUGUCAGCUGCGCCAAGUCGAGCAUCCCCUCGUUGUCGAGAUACUUGCUCUGCAGACACGUCAAACACGCCCACACGAUGGUGUGAUUGUGAUUUUGCGCUAUCCCUUGCCCAGAUGCGCACCUGCAGCGAUGAGAGGGCGGCUUUGCAGCCCUUGAUGACCUGCAUGGCCGGCCGGGCCGUGGGCUCGUCCCACCGCUUGAGGUUGUUCAGCAGCUGGGGGUCCUCGUGCAGAUGGAACCGAUAAAACAGAUAGUCGUCCUUGAAGUGGUGGUCCUUGCACACGUGGCUGAAGAAACACGACAGGAACAGCUGCUGACCCACCUGCGCACACACACCAACAGAGAGAGAGAGAGAGAGAUCACCAGACACACGGGCCUGCUGUGUGUCCUACGUGAGUGUGUGUGAGUGUGUGUGUGCGUACCUGGAUGGCCUCCUCACGUAGUCUGAGUUGGAAUCUUCUCAAGAGGUAGUCGACAAAGUCCUGUCCGACGAAGCAGUUCUUGUAGGUCUUGAGGUGGUACAUGCGGUCCUUGAUGUCCACCUCCUUCAAGAAGAUGUCCAUCAGCUCCGUGUACGUGUACUCCCUCUCACCUAAUACAACACACACACACACACACACAUGCAUUCAUCGGCCGAUUGAUUGCUGCCUGCUUCCUCCCUCUUGUUGUGGCCUACCGAUGAAGAACUUGUCUUGCUCUAGAGCGGGCGGGGGCGCUUCAUCUUUCGGCCGGUAUGCAGGCCUCUGCAGCCGCUCGUCUGAGGGGGCCUCCUCCGCCAACAUAGCUGCAGACAGACAGUCGGGCAUUGGAACACACAGAGUGCUCCUGGCGGGUGACUCACCGGUGUACAGGGUGUCGAGCGCCCCUGAUCUGUCCAGCUCGUCGAUGUCGGCCGCACCGCCCAGGUGCUUGCUGUUGAAGAACACCUGAGGGACCGUCAGCCUGUCCGUCAACUGACGUAGGCAGACAGACACAUGAGGCGGCCCGUCCAUCACUGGCUGCCCGUGCGCUUGCCUGCAGCAUGUCAUUUCGCUUCUCGGGGUAGUCGGUGAGUGAGAUCUCGAUGAAAUCCCAUCCUUUCUCCUCGAACAAGCCCUUGACGCGCUUGCAGUGCGGACACGCUUUGAGCGAAAAGAUAACGAUGGCACCCAUGAUUCGAACGCCGUCAGCAGUGCUGCCGAUUCAAACGCGCCGGCAGCCAGAGC